AGGCAGAAUCACUCGCGAGGAUGCCGAGGCGAUGGAGGCGAUGGACCUCGCGAGCGGCGCGCUCGCCGAGGGCGGCCUGCGGAAGUGGCCGCCGAGGCUGCGGCUGCGCGACGAGGUCUGGACCGAGCUCACGCUGGGGAGUAUGCGGGCCGAGAGCCUCGAGCUCGCGGAGGAGAACCUGGCUCUGCACAGCGGUCUAGUGGUGGUGGCUUCCUGGAACCACUUCGACCGCCUCUGGCCGCUCUUCGAGUGGGCCAUCUUCUGCGCCGCCCGCGGCCCGGAGCGAGUGCAGCUUGCCGCCGUGGGCAUGCCCGGGCCCGCUGUGGUGGAGUACCAGCGCGCCCUCCGCCGCCUGGGGGUCGCGGCCGCGGAGUGCCGGGACCCGCGGGACAGGCCCCUGCUGCUGGCGAAGCUCGAGCGGGCCUUCCCGAGCUGCAGGCCCCACGAGGAGAAGACCUACGGCUGCGCCAAGUGGACGAGGCCCGCCGCCGGGAGGCCGAAGGAACUGCUGGUCCGGAACGGCGUCCAGACGGGGCCGCUGCCCGAGAUCCACCGCGAGCGCCUCGUGGACUGGCGGCCCCUGGAGCGCUACGUGCGGGCGACAGCCAUCGGGGUGUUCGCGCGGGAGGCGGCCCUGAACGCGUCAGAAGACGGGAAGGAGCGUUCCGACUGGGGCAACCUCGCGGAGGAGCUGGAGCUCUUCGAGCUCCGGGACGCGCUGAAGGACUGCCGGCCUUGGCUCUGGCACCGGCACGUGGCCCAGGAGCAAGACGAGGCGGCCCAGGAGGCGAGCUUCAAGGCCGUGGUGGAGGACUGGUGGCGCGCCGCGGUGCUGCCAGUGCUGCGCGAGGAGCUCGCGCGCGUGCGUGGCGGCACCGCGUGAGGCCGCGGCGGCAGCGGCGGCCCACGAGGCGUUUUGCCGCUGGGCUCCUGGAUGCCGCUGCUGCCCCCCCGAGCUCUCCCCGGCGGAGCUCGUCUCGGACUCAGCCCCCCGGUCGUGGGGGGCAGCGCGCCCCGCCCCCCUCGCGCGGGGGGCCCGCCCCGCCGAGCGGGGCUCGGGCCUCCGCGCGGCCGCGGGGGCGGGCGCGGGGCGGC